CCUCAGCGCGGCCUGUGUGGCUUUUUUCUCCUCCCCCCCCUUUUCUUUCCCCCCUUCCUGCUUUUGCCGCCGCCUGAGGGGAAGCACCUGAGGAGGAGGAGGAGGAGGAGGGUCGAUGAGAUGAAAGUGACAGGGACUCAAAAGAAGAGGAUGGAGAUGGAAGAGGAGGACCCAGAAGGACCUGGAAUAGGCAAGAGAUCAAGGGAAAGUUUUAAUCUUACCCAGGCUGUGAGUGAUGUUGAAUUCUGGGAAAGAGCUGCACCAGAGAUUCUCUCUCAGGACACAAUGACUGCAGAUGGACGCAACCGCUGCUUCCGGCAGUUCCUCUACGAUGAGGCUGAUGGACCCCGAGAGGUUUGCAGCCAGCUCCAUGGACUUUGUAGCCACUGGCUGGAGCCCGAGAGGCACACCAAAAGGCAGAUCCUGGACCUGGUGAUCCUGGAGCAGUUCCUGGCCAUCCUGCCCCAGGAAAUGCAGUGUUGGGUAAGAGGAUGUGAGCCAGAGACCAGUUCCCAGGCCGUGGCCCUGGCCGAAGGUUUCCUCCUGAGUCAGGCUGAGGAGAAGAGGCAAGCAGAGCAGAUGUGGGGACCAGCUGUAAAGAUGGAAGCCAAGUUCUCUGAGGCAGAAGGAGCUUCAUCAGAGGAAAGUCAGAGGGUGCAGGCCAAGAAGUGUGCCCAAGAUACCCUGUCAAGUGGCCAUGAAGAGAUGUUGCCAAGCCAUCAUCUUUCCAGUGGAGCGCAAAUGUCUACUCCCUCUCUGAUCCAGUGUCCCUUUUCCUUUGAGGAGGUGGCUGUGUAUUUCACCAAAGCUGAGUGGGCCCUCCUGGAUCCGAGCCAAAAAGCUCUCUAUAGGGAAGUCAUGUUGGAGAACUAUGGGCAUGUGGCCUCUCUAGCAGGGAGAGAUCAGCAGAACGAGGAUGAGGAACAGCAUCCACUAUUGCCAGAUGAACUCCAGAAUGAAGAUAUGAGGGGAAACUUCAGGAAUCAAGGAAAACCCAUGAGGCAGAAAGGCAGCCACGUGGUUAAGAAGAGGGACAAACCUAUUCCUUGUCAAAGGGAGGGUUUCCAUGAAGUCAUUCACAUGGUGGAGGAAACAGACAAGGACUUUGAGUGUGGAAGGAACAUCUCUGAUCAAACCCAAUAUAAGGUCCAUUUAGAAAUGCAUGGUGGAAAGAGCAGCCAUGAAUGCCUGGAGAGUGGAAAGACCAUGAUUGGCAGAGCAGAGCUUUGCAGACAUCAAAGAACACAUAUAGGAGAGAAACCUUAUAGGUGCUCAGACUGUAGCAAGAGUUUUUCAGAGAAAUCAGACCUUAUUCAGCACCAAAAGAUGCAUUCAGGGGAGAAAAAAUUUACCUGCUCAGAGGCUAGAAUGGCAUUCUCUGAUGGAAGAAAGCAUAAAGUACGCUUCCCGAAACCCAGCAUAAUGAAGGGACAUAAAUGCUUUCAGUGUGGAAAGUACUUCAGAUAUAGAUCACAUCUCAUUGUGCAUCAAAAGGUCCACAAAGGGGAGGAACUCUUUGAAUACUCAGAGUGUAGGAAGAGAUUUAGUUGGAGUGACACUCUUCAGGAGUAUCAACAAACCCACACAGGAGAGAAGCCCUUUGAAUGCUCAGAGUGUGGGAAGAAAUUCAGAUGGUGUGGCCGUCUUAAAGAUCAUCAACAAAUCCACACAGGGGAGAAGCCGUUUGAAUGCUCGGAGUGUGGGAAGAGAUUCAGUUGGAGUGGCCAUCUUAAAGAGCAUCAACGAAUUCACACAGGGGAGAAGCCUUUUCAGUGCUCAGAGUGUGGGAAGAAAUUCAUGCACAGUGGCCGUCUUAAAAAUCAUCAACGUAUCCACACAGGUGAGAAGCCAUUUCAAUGCUCAGAGUGUGGGAAGAGAUUCAGGUUGAGUGGCAUUCUUCAAAAGCAUAUAAGAACCCACACAGGAGGAAAGCCCUUUGAAUGCUCAGAGUGUGGAAAGAGUUUCUCUCAGAGUGACUCUCUUCAACAUCAUCUAAGAAUCCACACAGGGGAAAAGCCCUAUGAAUGCUCAGAGUGUGGGAAGAGAUUCAAUCGGAAUGGCCUUCUUCAACAGCAUCAACGAACCCACACAGGGGAGAAGCCAUUUGAAUGCUCAGAGUGUGGGAAGACAUUCUGUUGGAGUGCCUCUCUUCAGCUGCAUCAACGAAUUCAUACAGGGGAGAAAUGCUUUGAAUGCUCAGAAUGUGGGAAGAGUUUCUAUUCCAGUGGAAAUCUUCAAAGUCAUCUAAUAAGCCACACAGGGGAGAAGCCCUUUAAAUGCUUGGAAUGUGGGAGGGCAUUCAGUCGGAGUAACCAUUUUCAAGAGCAUCUAAGAACCCACACUGGGGAGAAACCGUUUGAAUGCUCAGUGUGUGGAAGGACGUUCAGUCAAAGUAGCCAUUUAAAACAACAUCUAAGAACCCAUACAGGAGAGAAGCCCUUUGAAUGCUCAGAAUGCGGGAAGACAUUCAGUCGGCGAGUCGCUCUUCAACAGCAUCAAAGAACCCACACAGGGGAGAAGCCAUUUGAAUGCUCAGAGUGUGGGAAGAGAUUCAGUCACAGUAGCAGUUUUCAACAGCAUCAAAGAAGCCACUCGGGGGAGAAGCCAUUUGAAUGCUUUGACUGUGGGAAGAGAUUCAGCCAAAGUGGUAGUUUUCAAGAGCAUCAAAGAAGCCACACAGGGGAGAAGCCGUUUGAAUGCUUAGAUUGUAGGAAGAGAUUUAGCCGCAGUACCAGUCUUCAACAACAUCAGCAGACUCACACAGAGGAGAAGGCCUUUGAAUGCUCAGAGUGUGGGAAGAGAUUCAAUCGGAGUAGCACUCUUCAACAGCAUCAACAAACCCAUACAGGGGAGAAGCCCUUUGAAUGCUUAGAGUGUGGGAGGAGAUUCUGUCGGAAAGGCACUCUUCAACAGCAUGAAAGAACCCACACAGGACAGAAGCCAUUUGAAUGCUCAGUGUGUGGGAAGAGAUUCACUCGGUGUGGCACUCUCCAAGAGCAUCAAAGAACUCACACAGGGGAGAAGCCCUUUGAAUGCUCAGAGUGUGGGAAGAAAUUUAUUUCAAGUGGUACUCUUCAAAAGCAUCAACGAACCCACACAGGAGAGAAGCCCUUUGAAUGCUCAGAGUGUGGGAAGAGAUUCACUCAGAGUGGCCAUCUUAAGGAUCAUCAACAAACCCACCCACGGGAGAAGCCCUUUGAAUUUGCCAACUGUAGGAAGAGAUUCUGUCAAAGUGGUGGUCUUCAAUAGCAUUAACAAACGCACAUAGAGGAGAAGCCUUUUGAAUGCUCAGAAUGUGGGAAGCAAUUUAGGCAGAGCAGCACUCUUCAAUAGCUGUAAGAACCCAAACAGGGGAGAAGCCUUUUGAAUGCUUAGAGUUUGUGAAGAGAAUCAGUUAUGGUAGCACUCGCUGAAAAAAUUUAACCCACACAGGCAAGCGUGCAGAGAUUCAGUCUCUCUUAAACAUCAUCAAAGAGGUGUGUUAAGGAAUUAUAUAGGGGGUUUCCCCCCAGAUUUGGGUCAGGUGGACCCAAAACGUAACAGCAUUCCCAAAUAUUCCUGAAUCCCAAUAGCAGUGUUGUAUUGGGAAUUGGGUAAAUAUCUGGGAAACCUGAGUUUAUUUGGCUCUGAUAUACCCUAUGUGGACAGUCUCUGUAGGGUAUAAUGGAGAAUUUUACUUGGUGAGUUGUGCUACCCCAAAAAGGUGAGUUUCACAGUAUGGAGCACCAAACAGAUCAAUACUGUGUCUGAAUGCAUAUAUAAUAAUAAACUUGGUAAAUUCAAACA